UUAAGAAGAUGAUAGAGGCAAGGCAAAAACACUAUCCGGCUAUGCCUGACUAUAACCUUGUAGCCUAAACCCACUUCAGAAACAUCUUAUCUAUAUCCUCAAAUUCCUCAGUCUCUGCAUCAAAAAAUGGAGUUUGUGAGCUUUUUGCUUUCUCUCUUUACACAUUUUCUUCUGUUGAAUCUUUCUCUUGCUCGUUUUGCUUCAAUUCCAGCUCAUCGGACUAACCACGACGACUUUCUGAGCUGUCUCUCUCGCCGGGUAAACAACUUCACCGGCGAAUCUAGAAUCAUACACACCUCUAGUGACUCUUCCUUUUUCUCAAUCUUGAAUUCUUCCAUACAAAAUCCAAGAUUCUCGGUUCUUGAAACACCUAAACCGGUCUCAAUCAUCACUCCGGUUCAAGCCACCGAUGUUCAAUCCACGAUUAAAUGCGCACGGCUUCACGAUAUCCACGUCAGGACUCGGAGUGGUGGUCAUGACUACGAGGGCUUCUCGUACAUAGCCAAAAGCAGACCGUUCGUUGUCAUUGAUUUGAGAAAUCUCCGGUCUAUUACAUUAGAUGUUGAGAACCAGACCGGUUGGGUUCAAACCGGAGCUACACUUGGGGAAUUGUACUACGAGAUUGGGAAAUUGAGCAAAUCAUUGGCUUUUCCGGCCGGUCUUUACCCAACCGUUGGCGUCGGAGGACAAUUCGGAGGUGGAGGGUACGGUACACUGAUGAGAAAAUACGGUUUAUCAGCAGAUAAUGUAAUUGGCGCUCAUAUAGUCGAUGCAAGCGGAAGGUUUCUUGAUCGACAAGGCAUGGGUGAGGAUUUCUUUUGGGCUAUCCGUGGAGGUGGUGGUUCAAGUUUCUGCGUAGUUUUAGCAUGGAAGAUUAGAUUGGUCAGUGUACCAUCUCUAGUAACGGUCUUUGACGUCACGAAAACAUCGGAGAACAAGGCUAUCCAAAUCAUCAACAAGUGGCAGUAUAUUGCGGAUAAGGUACCUAAUGAUCUUUUCAUUAGAGCUAUGUUACAAAGAUCAAACAAAACCACGGUUUAUGCUUCAUUCCCGGGACUUUAUCUUGGUCCGGUAAGCGAUCUAUUGGCGAUGAUGGAUGAUAAGUUUCCGGAAUUAGGUCUUGAGAUUGGAGAUUGUAGAGAGAUAAGUUGGAUUGAGUCUGUUCUCUGGUUUAUCAAAGGAGAAUCAAUGGACACUCUUAGGCAACGGAAACGUACAUCUAGAUCUUUCAAGGGAAAAGAUGAUUUUAUCCAAAAACCACUACCUAAAACCGCAAUUCGAGAGCUUUGGAGACGAUUAUACGCACCUGAGGCUCGGCUGGCAAAGAUCAUACUCACUCCAUUUGGUGGCAAAAUGAGUGAAAUUGCUGAUUAUGAAAUACCAUUUCCACAUCGAGAAGGGAACCUUUAUGAGAUUCAGUAUUUGGCUUAUUGGAAUGAAGUAGAAGAUAAGAACAAGAUUGAUACAGAGAAGUAUUUGAGAUGGGUCAAGAGAUUAUACAAUUUUAUGACUCCUUAUGUUUCCAUGUCACCAAGAGGAGCUUAUGUUAAUUUUAGAGAUAUUGAUUUGGGGACUUAUAGUCAUGGGAUAAAUAUGAAGACAAAGUACGAAGAAGGAAAGAUUUGGGGAGUGAAGUAUUUCAAGAACAACUUUGAUAGAUUGGUGAGAGUGAAGACGAGUAUUGAUCCAAUGGAUUUCUUCUGUGAUGAACAGAGUAUUCCAAUUCUGAAAUCUGUUGAUGAUAUAUAAAAAUAAUUUAAAUUUAUUUUAUUUCAAAUAAUCUGUGAGUUUUUUCUUGAGAACCUAA